AACACUCUGUGCAUUUGGAAUGUAAAAGAGAAAUCGUUAUGUGACAAUCUAUUAUUACCAACUGUGUUAUUAGGCCAGGCAUCCUCGAGGCCAUUAAGAACUGUUUGUUGUUUUUUGUGACAAACCCGCGUAACAAGAGACCUGGGUGGAAUAUAUUUUCGCUGGAACCGUAAACAAAGCUCCAGUUUCAGUUCUGGGAAAUUAUCAACACACCUUAUGCUGUAAAAUUAUACCGUGAUGAUGGACGACAGCCCUCGACUGCUUUGUAGACCCCACAAUUAUUAUUGUUCGCGAGCUGGAGAACUUCAAAGAGAUGCCUGAGUGACGUCACCUCACGUACCCACAAUCUUAUUACAGAGAGAGAGAGAGAGAGAGAGAGAGAGAGAGAGAGAUCUAGCUAUUAUUCAGCACUUCGGAGGAUGAACAGUUGUAGCAAAAGGAACCUGAGAAAGUAUUUUACAUUGGACACUGUUGGAAAGCAGUGGGGAGACGGGAAACACCGUGAAUAUGAGGAUUCUCCGCCAUCUGCUGGUGCUUUUAACGCACCUGGUCCUCGGAAGCGGUGCACAGCGAUUCUCCAAUGGCUAUUAUUAUCAGGAUAUAAUUAAUGGAAAUGGCAAUGGGGAGAUAUAUUUCCACAAGAUCCGUCUUCACGUUGAGUCUCCUGAAACGUUAGUGUCGGCUGUUCAGGGGAGUAACGUCACACUGCCGUGUCAUUACCGUUACGAGCCGGCGCUCAGCGAGCCCCGCAGAACACGGGUCAAGUGGUUCCUGCAACCCCUGAGCGGCGAGGAACGGGAGCGUGACGUCAUGGUGGCCUUCGGCACGCGUCACCGGAGUUACGGAGACUUUAAAGGACGCGUGCGGCUCCGCCGAAGCGCCCCGGGCGAUGUGUCCCUCGUCAUCAACCCGCUACAGUCCGACGAUACCGGCCGUUACCGGUGUGAAAUUAUCGAUGGUCUCGAGGACGAGAGCGUGACAGUGCAUCUUAAGUUUCGAGGUGUGGUGUUCCCCUAUCAUUCCUCUAGGGGGCGCUAUCUGAUGAACUUUCAUGAGGCUAAGGAGGCAUGUGAGAAACAGGAUGCACACCUGGCUACCUUUGAGCAGCUCUACGCUGCUUGGGAGGAAGGGCUGGACUGGUGUAACGCUGGGUGGCUCAUGGAUGGGACGGCCCAAUAUCCCGUCGUAGUGCCGCGAGAGGCUUGUGGUGGUACCGACCUGGCACCUGGUGUACGGAGCUAUGGCGUUCGAGACAAGAGUCUGGACCGGUUUGAUGCAUUCUGCUUCACUUCGUCCAUUAGAGGAGAGGUCUACUUCUUGCAACAUCCCAUCAAGCUAAAUUUCACAGAGGCAGCAGAGGCCUGUCAGAACGACGGAGGCCGGAUUGCUAAAGUUGGCCAGUUAUACGCAGCCUGGAGGUUUGUGGGAUUGGACCAGUGUGAUGCGGGCUGGUUGGCUGAUGGUAGUGUACGUUACCCAAUCAUCCAACCCAGGAUGAACUGUGGUACAUCAGAACCAGGGGUGCGCAGCUUUGGCUUUCCUCCGAAACAUUUAAAACAUGGCGUAUAUUGCUACAAAGUUCACUGGUAAAAUGUGCAAUUUAUUUCAAAUUUAUAAACACUUCUGUGGAAACCACAGUGAAAAAUACUUAUUUUUCUUUACUACUGAUAUUCAAUUUGUAAUAACAUGUCUUUUAUUAUGUCUUGAUUGGAUAUGUCUGAAAUGGCAUUUAGGUGUCUUUACACAAACUGUUUAAUGCUACUCAGAGGUAGCAUGAAUGCAUUUACAUAACAAAUACAACUGUGUUUUCAUAUUAGAGGCAGUGUUGGGUCAGAACUGGCUUAAUUUAGUCUGGCUUUUAUACAACAUUAUGUCUUCAAACUAAAUUUUGAGCAAGCACAGAGCAGCCUUAACUCCGCUGUGUAAAGUUGCCUUAAAAUGUUCUAUUGUGUUGUAAAAUUAAAUUUCAAGUGCUAAUUUUGAUAUUUACACUUAAAACUCAAAAAAAAAAAAAAAAUGUUUAAAUGUUUAAAGAAUGUUUAAACUAACUGUGUGAUCAUCACAAAAAAAAUCCCGUAAUGUACGAUAAUUUCAGAAUUUUAUGAAAAUUUAAAUGAUGGUAGUCAUAGGGCUUCUUUACUCAUACAUGAAAUCGGCUCAUUACAGACACUCUUAACGCGUUCGUGUGUACCUGAGGGUGUUUUAAGAACGCAAGAUAGUGCCCUGCUUUAAAGCCAACUAGCACUAGUUGUGGUCCAUUACAGUAAGAACCCCUUCAACAUCUGGCAAGAUGCAGUCUUUCGGUGACAGCGGCCCAGAUGUUAACUGCACCACGUAGCAACAGCUAAAUUCCUUCUUCACUGGACGCGACAAAGCAAGUGUUAAAAAUCAUUUUAAUAUGUUUUAAAUGCGCAGUGACGCAGCCUACACCUUGUUAUCUAUUGUGGUAAUUUGCAGGUCAUGUCAAAAUGUUGUUGGUUUAGAAUAGAAACAUAACUAUUUUGACUCGUGUACGAUAUUUUUCUUCCAAAUACGAUAAUUUUGAACUUCUGGUACGAUACUUGGACAUUUCCAAUCUGGCAACACUGAGCAGCAACAACACUCGGUUCAAAAGCAAUCCAACAUCCUUUAUGCUCGUGUCACUGAGUUUAUCUUUAGUGUUAAGCCAAUUAUGGGGGGAGGUAUAAUUAACUCACCUUUUCCCACAGGAUUUAAUGAUCAUUUGGCGUCAAAGAUGUACCGUAUUUACUCAUAGACUGUAGUAUUUACACCUGCUUCCUAAACAUGGAUUUUAGGCGGGGGAGGAGUAGUAGCGCAUGAAAAGACAGCAGUGUUACUCAGCCUGGCUUUUUCACCCAGCUAAUUGCACAUAAAGAUGCACAGUGUUAGGUAAGAUAGGUAUAUUCAUGAGCUUUUGGGUUUUUCUUUUCCCUUGAGAAAAUGUCAUUACACUACGUGGAUUCUGAGUAAAGUUUGGUCAUGUUCACAUCAUGAACUGUACAUUUUUUUUACCUGUCUCUGGACAAUACGAUUGAUACUAUGUAUGUAGUACUGUACAUUAAAGACUCCGUAUACAGUGUAAAUACAUACAGUGGCCCCUAAAGGUAUUGCAUCGUUUGUUGCAGAUGCCACACGAUCUUAAGCAGUGAUGCACUUGUCCAAACACUAUUUGGGUGCACAAUGUACAGAAUGAAAAUAUAACAGAAUCUCUAAAUUUAUGAUUUUUUUUUUCAGCACUGGAAACAAUGAAAAAAAAAUGUCAUGGAAAUUUAUGUUGAUUUUGCCAUUGUCUCCACAGAAUCUCCGACUAGUUUGUUAAUCACAAUUUACAAAUAAUUGAAAAUCUCAUGGACAAGUGAUGGAAAUGUAUUGGUCAGUUUGUGGGAACCCUGGAUAGAGUAAACAUUUAACAAUCCCUAUCAUAAUUUAGGGUGAAACUACUGUUUGUACUGUAGAAUUGACUUAAUAGAGUUAUAAGCAUAAGUUUCUCUUAAAAUUUCUUCUCUUUCUCUCACAUAAACUCACCAUACAUCCA